AUGUCAGCCAAAAGAGGUCGUGGUGGUGUCGGAGGUGGUAAAUUUCGUAUUUCCCUCGGUUUACCAGUUGGAGCAGUAAUCAAUUGUGCCGAUAAUACUGGUGCCAAAAAUUUAUACGUCAUUUCAGUCAAAGGCUUUGGUGCACGACUCAAUCGUUUACCAGCUGCCUGUGUUGGUGAUAUGAUUAUUUCAACUGUGAAGAAAGGCAAACCAGAUCUACGUAAAAAAGUUAUGCCCGCCGUCGUUAUCCGUCAACGCAAACCAUUUCGCCGAAAGGACGGUACAUUUAUCUAUUUUGAAGAUAAUGCCGGAGUUAUUGUCAAUAACAAAGGUGAAAUGAAAGGUUCAGCAAUAACGGGACCAGUAGCCAAGGAAUGUGCUGACUUAUGGCCACGUAUCGCCGCUAAUGCUCAAUCCGUUGCUUAA